AUGUUUGGCGAGAAGAUCACGCGCUCGCCCAGUGCGGGCAUGAAUUCCGCCGGUACUGAGAAGGAGGAGGGGGAGGAGAAGCAGGCGACGCCCACUGUCACCAUCGCUGCUGGCGUGCCCUACACCGAUGCGGAGAAGGCACUGCUGCAGUCGCAACUAAAAGCACAACCAAAGCCGCCGCCGCCGCCGAAGCAGGAAUUGGGGGACGCGUGGGUCUCGACAACGUUGCCGCUGCUGGUCUCCAUGGUGGAGAAGGUGCUGCAGCUUGCCGCACAGCACUGCGAGGACGGCGGCGAUGCUGACAUCAGCAGCACCACCAGCGACAACACCAACACGUCAACGAAAGCCACCACCGCGGGCCCUGUGACGUCGGCGAGCAAGUUAGAUCGCUUCCUCGAGGAGAACACAUACAUCGUGGAGCAGCUGCGGCUGCAGCAGUGGCCUUUCUUCACGCUGCCGCGGCUGUGGGAGGUGCUCGCCGACCCUUUCAAGUACAAUACCAACGCGAGGGGGAGGCUUAGGGCGGAGAAGCUGCAGGCGGCGGUGCGGCGCUGCGUGCUGGUGUCGUCUCCGCUGCUCACCGCGCCGCUGCCGGAUGCCGGGUAG